CUCGCCUUCACCUCACCACCGCCAAACCAACAAUGUCCCACCGCCCUCCCUACCACCGAAACCCCACACCCCAAUAACCCCACGAUUACUACACCUCCUCCAUCCAACAACCGAAGAUGCCCCCCCCACCAUCCGCCCUCCUCACCCUCCCCACCCUCCUCGCCCUCCUCACAACCCUCCUCCUAGCCACCACCCUCCGCCUCCUCGCCAUCCUCCCCCGCCCACGAAACCCCCCACACCGCCGCACCCCACCCCCCGCAACAAGAGUCAUCAUCGUCCUCGGCUCAGGCGGCCACACGCACGAAAUGCUUUGCCUGCUCCGCGCCCUAAACACGCAGAAAUACACGCACAGAACAUACGUCGUGAGUAGCGGGGACGCGUUUUCCGCACAGCGCGCCGUGGCGUUUGAGCGCGCUUUGGAAGAGCGGGGGGACAAGUGUACAGGGCCGGCGCAUUACACGAUCCACACGCUCCCGCGCGCGCGCCGUGUUCACCAGUCGCUGUUUACUACGCCGUUUUCUGCGCUGCGCACGCUGGGGGGUGCGUUUACCCCGCUCCUGGACGGCGAGCUGCCCGGUUUAAUCAUUACGAAUGGGCCCGCGACGGGCGUUAUUGUUGUGCUGGCUGUGCUGGUGCUUAAAUUUUUCAAUGUUAGGGGCGCGCAGUCGGGGGGGAUGUGUAGGACGGUUUAUGUGGAGAGUUUUGCGCGCGUUAGGGGGUUGAGUUUGAGUGGGAGGUUGCUGGUUAGGGUUGUGGAUCGGUUUUUGGUGCAGUGGGAGGGGUUGGAGGGGGGGGGGGGUAGGGCGGAGUUUUGGGGCGUGUUGGUGUAG